GUAUAUUUAAACGACCUAGCCUUGGUCACACUGAAAUGGACACCAAAACACAAGAUUCGGAAUUUGUGGACAUUCAUCCAAGAAAUAGUUAUUUAAGUGCCCAGCAGCUCAUUGCUCAUCGUCACACUGAGUUCGAACCUCCGAGUGGAGGUCUAAAACGCACUCAAAAUGAGGGAACUGCAUCGGAACUUGAGGAGCUUAAACGGGCACAGGAAUAUUUGCGAGCUCAGUUGUCAGUGCCGCGAAUAGAGAGACUUGGAGGAAGGGCCCUUGCCAUUUGGAACGCGGAGCAACAAGUGGCGGAAGUCAUACGCAAAGAUGGCAAAUUCGAAAAUUUCGGGUACAGUGAGCAGGGAAAGCUCUACCUGGAGUACUAUGAGGCAAUGUUCCUACUAGAAGUUGGACGUUUACAACUGGAGUACUGCGGUUCGGUAGUUUCAAUCGAGCAAGCUUAUGUGCUCCUACUGGGCGAGCUGGAAAGCGAAAGGUACUCAAACUACCUAGUUUACUCGGCUUUAUCCAGAUCCGGCUAUAUAGUCGUUAAGCAUGUGCGUCCUCAAGAGAUUCCACAAGAAGUCACAAGUGCAGAUUGCAUUUGGGCACUGCUAAGCGAAAAAGUGGCAGAUCAACCCGUACCUGAUCAUAUUAAAAAUUCCCCAUUUUACCAUAUCGCAGAAAAGCGUAUGGAAGAUGUGAAAGAACGCAUAACAUCUCAAAAGACAGAAGACCCUAAUAUCGUGGUAGAGCGCAUUGACUUGCAAUUCGGACAACGAAAACGUAUGGCUGACGAAAGACCCAUCAAAGAACCUGCGAGUAAAAAAGAAAAGUUGUCCACACAGGGUCGAAGUCUCGUGGAUCAACUAAAAUCCGAAUUUACCUAUGCCAAAUUCGAAGAUAUCUUCGAAAAGUUUGAAAUGGUGCAACUUAAAACCCAGGAUUAUACCAAAGAAGAGUUAGAUACUCCCUCUGCCCUGAAAAUAAUCUUUGAUCUACAUCUGCACAACAAGGGUUUCAAGAAAAGUGCACCCACAACGCCGAACUUUAAUGUAAUCAUACUUUCAUCACAGGCGACGUUUCCCACCCACGACGAAAUCGCCAAGAUUAAACAUCAAAGUCUUCACACCGCACCACUACUCGUCAUAUCCGAGGCUCCUAUGGUGUGGAUAAUGGGCGGUCCGGGCAGCGGCAAAGGAACUCAGGCGCAGAAGAUUGAGAAGCAGUAUGGCUUCAAGCAUAUCGAUCCCGCCGCAUUGAUCGAAACGGAGAUAGCAUCGAAAAGCGCUGCUGGCAAUAGCUUCGCAGAACUUGUAUCAGCAGGAUCUCCAAUUCCCUUACCACAGAUUGUACCGCUGAUUGAAAAACAAUUGAUGAGCCAUCGAGGUGCCCUCAAGGGCUUCGUCAUUGAUGGAUACCCCGCCGAUUUGAAGGAGGCUGAAAUAUUGGAGAAUGGAUUCGGCACGCCGCAAUUGAUUAUUGCGCUGGAUUUGGAUCAGGAAGCCGGAAGUACACGCAGCUCAUCCAGUCCCACUGCACGUCCUAGUCUACCAAUGUACAUAGAAAGUUCUAAAGCGGUGUUGAAAAAAUACUCGCAGAACACUUUGAAAAUCGAUGCUACCCAAGAGCCGGACGUAAUGUUUCAGGAAAUCAAGUUAAAUAUGGAUAAGAUCGUUCAGGGCCAGCAACGAGUGGAAAUAGCACGCUAGAGCAUUAGAUACUUUACUUAUAAGAAAGGGUGCUAAUAUCUCUUAUACAAGCUGCAUCAAAAUGAAAUCAAAUACAUAGUCAUCGUCAAAAGAA